GCAAGUUGACAUAAAAAGUCGUUACGUUACGAAUUCAAGAACAAUUAAAAGAAACUUUCAGCAAAUAAAGAAUACAGUUUAAUUCGAAAGGAAAAUGUCCCACCGAGCGGCUUCGAGCGAUAAUAAAAGAACAGAAACGCAACCGAAACGCCCGAGCUCUACCAACACCAAAGAAACUGCUGGCCGGGCGAAUGGAGAAAAACGAGUGUGGUCUUUGAACAGUUUCGAUAUCGGCCGGCCUUUGGGCAAAGGGAAAUUCGGUAACGUCUAUUUGGCUCGAGAGAAAACCUCCAAGUUCGUCGUAGCCCUCAAAGUUCUGUUCAAAAGGGCCGUAAAAGAGAACAAGAUCGAACAUCAAGUCACCCGAGAGAUCGAAAUCCAAUGCAGCUUGAAGCACCCGAACAUACUCAGGAUGUUCGGCUACUUUCACGACGAAUCUAGGAUAUAUAUGAUACUCGAAUAUGCUCCUAAAGGUGCAGUUUAUGCAAAGUUACUAUCGAGCCCGAAUAAGAGAUUCUCAGAAGAGACUGCGGGGGCUUACAUAGGGCAAGUGGCGGAUGCCCUUCAAUACUGCCAUUCGAGGAAUAUCAUCCACAGGGAUAUUAAGCCGGAAAACUUGUUGCUAGGAGUAAACGAAGAGAUUAAAAUAGCGGAUUUUGGCUGGUCUGUGCGAAAUCAAUCAGAUAGAAGGACCACUUUAUGUGGAACUUUGGAUUAUUUAUCGCCCGAGAUGAUUUUAGGCGAAACCUACGAUGAGAAAGUUGAUUUGUGGAGCCUGGGCGUUCUGUGCUUUGAAUUCCUGGUGGGAAAACCCCCUUUCGAAACGUCGAAUUCCAAUAAUUUGUGCAAGAACAUUAGCGAAGGGGAGUUCAAGAUACCCCCGUACGUUUCCGAUGAUGCUAAAGAUUUGAUCAGAAGAUUACUCGUGACCGAGUCGAAGUACAGAAUAGCCUUGAACUCUGUGCUCAAACAUCCUUGGAUUUUGAAACAUAGAGCUGGUAAAGUUUAAUGGUGAUUUGUGAUUUGUUUUCUAGUUAUGUCUUAUUGACUGUGUCUCAUUUAGUAAGUAUUCAAUGAUUUUGUAAUAAUGAAACUUUUAGGACUUACUCUGUAUAUAUAAAAGCAUUUUUGAUUUGAAAAAAUUUUACUAUGGGAAAUGCUUAACGAUUGUUGACAUAAUUUUAUGUAAAAAUGUUUGUAUAUUUUAGAUUAAUAUGUAUCUUAUGCUAAUUUAGCUGGUUUAAUUUUAAUUAUUUACAUGGGAAAGUGAAUUUAG